CCUUUAUUAUUAUUAUUAUUAAAGCAAUGUGGAAUAAAGGGAAAGGCACAAUUCGUUUGGCCAUUUUAGCCUUUAUACAAAUAUUGGGUAUAAUAUCAUUUUGUAAAGGUUUUUUUCCCUAUAAAAUAUAUCUUUCAGGCCAUUCCACAAAGGCUGAUCAACCUUUACUCUUUAGCAAUUUGCAUAAUGAAUAUAAACCUGAAUUUGACCGACUUGUGUUUAUACUAAUUGAUGCACUUAGAAAUGAUUUCUUGUUUGGAAAUAACUCCAAUUUUGAAUUUGUGAAUAAUCAAAUAAAACAAGGUUUUGCUUAUCCUUUUACGGCAAAGGCUACAGCACCUACCGUUACUCUUCCUCGUAUUAAAGCAAUUACAACUGGUACAGUUCCUAAUUUCUUGGACGCUAUUUUGAAUAUUGCAGAAAGUGAUACCAGUUCAUCACUUCAAAACCAUGAUAAUUGGAUUUAUCAAUUUAAACGUAAUAGUAAUAAUAAUAAUAAAACAAUCCAUUUCUUUGGAGAUGAUACUUGGAUAAGACUUUUCCCCGACUUGUUUGAUAAAAAGGAUGGCACAACUUCAUUUUUUGUAUCAGAUACAACUGAAGUUGAUCUCAAUGUGACUCGACAUAUUGAUAUAGAUUUGGUACAAAAUGAUUGGGAUGCUAUAGUAUUCCAUUACUUGGGUUUAGACCAUAUAGGGCAUUUAGGUGGGCCCAAAAGUCCAUUGAUGAAACCAAAACAGAAAGAAAUGGAUCAAGCUAUUGAACGUAUAUAUGAUAUCAUUGCUAAGCAAGAUAGUGAAAGAAGCAAGAAAGGCGGUGAUGCAAAGGGAGGCACCUUAAUUGUUAUUUGUGGUGAUCAUGGCAUGAAUGAGAAAGGCAAUCAUGGUGGCUCUUCUAUAGGUGAAACGUCUGCAGGGCUUGUCUUCUUGAGUCCAGCUUUUGAAGCACAACCACUCAAAUAUCAAUGGGAAUUAGAAAGAUCAAGAACAUUGGGAUUUCCUAUUGUCGAUCAAAUCGAUUUAGUUCCUACCUUGGCUACCUUAUUUUCUUUCCCUAUACCUAAAAACAAUCUUGGAAAGAUUAUUCUAGAACUUUACCAACCUCAUCAACAAGACGUAUCUCAUAUUCUUCGAGGACUUCAGUUAAAUGCUUUUCAACUAGCUCAAUUAUUGACUAAAUUAAUGCCAGAAGUUUCAAAAUAUAUAACAGAACCUCACCUCUAUACUCAUGAAACCAACCCUAAUUCUCCUGGAUUUUACUAUGCAAAAGCAAUUGAUUUACAUCAAACUUAUCUUCAAACGGCUUUUAAUAACGGAAAAGAAGAAAUCGGGAAAAGGGCGAUUUAUUCAUAUUAUAAGUUUAUUGAUAUUGCACAAUCCAAGUUGGUUAAUACAGCAAGUGAUUAUAGUUUAAAAUUAAUGCUAGUAGGUGUUACUUUAAUUUGUAUCAGUGCAGUUCAAUGCAUUUUAUGGGUUAAAGAAACCUAUUCAAUCACAUCUACUGAUCUUUGGGACGUUCGUAAAUACUUUUCUAUCAUUGCUUUCAUUACCUAUUCUAUGAGUAUGUUUGCAAGUAGUUUUGUAGAGAAAGAGCAUGCCACUUGGUACUAUUUGUUACAGACAAUGAUUUUAAUAUCUAUUGCUCACAGCCUACGUCUACCACACCAAAAGUUAAAGGAUAAAAUGUAUCUAGUUGGCUUCGGAUUCGUUUAUUUGAUGUUAACACGUAUAGCAAUGGCAUGGAAUGAUAGUAUCACCUUUGAAAAGUUAUUACAUUCUAAAUUACAAUGGCAUUUGAUGGCUAUUACAUUGGCAGUCGCUUCUAUCUCUGGUAUCAGACUCUUAUUUAAAUUAAAGGAUAACUUGACAAUCGAUGUCAAUCAAACAACACAUAUUAUCCAGACCAUUAUCAAGGCGUUUUUGGCUUUCAUUCUCCUUUUCACUUCAGCUUUAGUCUUCAUUUAUAAGAUGAGAGGACAUGAAGAUAUACCGAAUGUGUAUCGAUUUUUAUUAAAAUGGGAACUUGUUCAAUCACUUGAUCAAGUAGAAUUAGGAAGACUUAUCUUUAAUUAUGGAGGUGCUGGAUUAUUUGUUCUAUAUUGUUUAUUUUAUGUCAUCAAAAGAGCUGCCAAAAUGAAGUUUGAAAAAGAAGAAGAGCCAAAAGAAUAUAAAACAAAAAUCAUUUUAGAAUUAUUAUUACAUUUGGUAACCCCCUUUUUAGUGCUCUUGAGUGGAUCACACAAUGCAUUUUUGUAUUGUCUAUUUAAUCUGCAAUUUCAGUUAUUAUUGAUAUGGCAAGACUACGUAGCUGACAAGGGACCUAUUCCUGUUUGGUUCAUGAGUGUGAUAACUGUAUUUCAAAGUCACGCCUCUUUCUUUAUAACAGGUCAUCAUAAUUCGAUUGCUUCCUUUGAUUUAAGUAAUGCUUAUGUUGGUGUACAGAAGUAUGAUACGAUUCUUAUUGGUUUUCUUACCUUCUUUUCCAAUUGGUCAGGCAGUAUUUGGUGGGCCAUAGCAGGAUGGGUGUUGACGGAGAAGACAGCUAAAUCGUGGUCAACUUAUCUUUUAACACAUUCAACUCUCUUUAGUCUUGUUCUUACCUUUUUAUCUAUCUCCGUUACUGUUUUAAGAGAACAUUUAUUUAUCUGGACUGUAUUUUCUCCUAAAUAUUUAUAUCAAGUCGCCUGGACCUGUCUCUUUCAUUGGUUUAUACAGCUUAUUCUCGGCUCACUUUUUACUCAAUUUAUCUUUAAAUGGUGAGAUCAAUAGAAUAAAUAAAUAAAGAUAGAGAGAGGGAGAGAAGUUUAUUACAUCCUGAC